CCAUUCAGUCCCCGCCACAUUUGAGCCACUGGAAUUCUGGGAAAUGUAGUCCUGUAUAGACACUUCCGCUAUCGGGUCACAUCCACACUGAGGCUGUCAGAUCCACAGUAAGCGCCACAGUGGAGACAGUGCAAGGUUACUGCCCUCAGGCAUAAUACAGUUCCUGUGAGACAAACAGAAGGAGGAAUCAAGAAUGAGAAUGUGUCCUUAGGUUUCAGACUUUUGACCAGAGAUUACUUUUUGGAAUCAGGACCGAGAGAAGUCACAGUUCUGAGUUUCUUGAGCAUAGGAGAAGAUGACUGAGUCAAAGAUAUCAUUUGAGGAUGUGGUUGUAGACUUCUCAUGGGAGGAGUGGCAGCUGCUUAACCCUACUCAAAAGAGCUUGUACAGAGAUGUGGUGUUGGAGAACUGCAGCAGCCUUGUCUUCUUGGGUUACCAAACCAUCAAACCUGAUGUAGCUUUCAAGCUGGACCAACAAGAGGCAUCUCUAAUAAAUGAAGGAAUCCUGAAUCAAAACUUUUUAGAAAUCUGGCUAGACACUUCUGAAGUACGUUCACAAAAUAAACAAGACAAGCUUAAAAGAAAGGAGAGAGGCAAUGGAAAUGAUGUUUCAGAGAAAACAUCUCAGUCAAACAUGAACUCUGUUCGUUUAGAAAUGAUAAUGCAUAAAUGUGGCAAAUGUGAGAAAAGUCUAAAACAUCCUUUUGAUGUUAAAAGUAAUGAUGGAAGAAAAAAAAUCAAGGCCAGUAAGAAAUUAUUGUUUUAUCUAAAAUCUGACAGACCCUGUGGUAAAGUAAAAUACCAUGGUUAUAAGAAAUGUACAAAAACUAGCAGUAAAGAAUCACGUCGAUUUAAAAAUCAUUUAACAAAGUCAGGAGUCUAUUUAUGUUUGGAAUGUGGUAAAGUUUUUAACCAGAAAUCACAGAUUACUAGUCACCAGAAAAAGCAUAUAAAAAAGAAGCCCUAUCAGUACAUUCGAUGUGGGGAAAGUUUUGCACAAAAGUCACUGCUCACUAUUCACCAAAAGACUCACUCAGUAGAAAAACCAUAUGGUUGCAAUCAGUGUCAUAGGGUUUUCCGUAGUAAGUCAAUGUACAUUCAGCAUCAGAAAAUUCAUACUGGAGAGAAGCCCAAUACCAGUAGUAUGGGUGGAAAAGCCUUCAGCAAGAAGCCACAGCAAACAGGACAUGAGGCAACUCAUAAAAUAAACAAACCUUAUGUUUGCAGUGAUUGUGGGAAAGCUUUCUCUCAGAAAUUGAAACUUAUCAUUCACCAAAGAAAACAUACAGGAGAAAAACCCCAUAAAUGUAGUGAUUGUGGAAAAACUUUCUUUUGGCAUUCACACCUUAUUAUUCAUCAGAGAUCACAUACAGGGAAAAAACCUUAUGAAUGUAGUGAAUGUAAGAAAACCUUCGAUGAGAACUCACUUCUCAUUAGACAUCAAAGGAUUCACAGAGGAGAGAAACUAUAUGCAUGCAGGAAAUGUGAUGAGACCUUCAUCAGAAAGGCACAACUUAUUGAACAUAAGAUGACCCAUAAAAGAGAGAAGAAAUAUCAAUGUUGUGAUUGUGAAGAAACCUUUUUCAAGAAGUCAGAGCUAGUAAGACAUCAAAAAAGUCACUUAAAAGAGAAACCUUUUAGGUGUGAUGAGUGUGGAAAACGAUUCUUUGGAAAGUCACAGCUCCUAACACAUCAAAGAACUCACACUGGGGAGAAACCCUAUAAAUGCAAUGAGUGUGGAAAGGCCUUCUCCCAGAAGUCAAGUGUGAUAUCACACCGGAGGACACAUACAGGUGAGAAACCCUACAAAUGCACUGAAUGUGAGAAAACUUUCAGUGAGAAAUCAAGCCUCAUUCAUCAUCAGAGAACCCACACUGGAGAAAAGCCUUUUGAAUGUAAUGACUGUGGGAAAGCAUUUGCAUGGAAGACACAACUCCUUCGACAUCAGAGAAUUCACACAGGGGAGAAACCCUUUGAAUGCAAUGAAUGUGGGAAAGCAUUUGUUCAAAAAGUGCAGCUCAUUAAGCAUCAGAAAAAUCAUACAGGUGAGAAGACCUAUAAAUGCAGUGAUUGUGGAAAAGCUUUCUUUGAGAAGACACAGCUUAUGGUUCAUCAGAGAAUCCAUACAGGAGAGAGGCCCUAUAAUUGUGGUGAAUGUGGUAAAUCUUUCACUAGAAAAUCACAUCUUCUGAGGCAUCAAGCCAUUCACACAAGAGAUAAGUAAAGUAAUGUGGGUGCAGUCAGUGUGGUACUGCAUUUAUCAGGAAGUUACAGCUUAUCAUACAUCAAAGAAAUCAUAUGUAAUAUAGAACUCACCUAAGUGUAAGGAACUUGGAUAGAUGCUAUCAGAUGUUCCCCUAACACUUCUUGAGAAUACAUAAAAGAGUCUCCUAUCAAGACCAUCAAGAAAAAAUUGUAGGAGUUAGAAGAAAGAAUUCAGAAAAGAGACUGUAGAGGUAGAUAAUAUGAAAAGUAGUUUUCCCAGAAGACACAACUUAUUGCACCUUGGAUAAGUAGUCAGGAUAACAAUAUUUUCAGUACUUCUAGAGAUAGUGCUAGAGCCUUCAGUCAGAAGUCACAGGAGAAAGCUACUGUAUAAAGUGAGCCAAAGAUUUCAUCAGAAAGGACAACCCAUUGACUACUAAAAAAUCCUAAAAAAAGGAUAAUCUGAAUGAGUUCAAAUUGCCGAUUCAAAGAGUGUAAUUAGUGUGAUCCUACUCAACUGAUUUUGUGAGGAAGUCGUGUUCAUUGUACAUGAAUUACUACAAAAAUCUGUUUGAAACAGCAAGUGUGUUUGUAAAGACAUUUGCUUUCUGCUGUGGAGGAAUACUGGACCAGAUAAACUCUCCUGUCUCAAACAGAUAGAAAAUGUAUAUAUGUGAAAUAUUUUUACUUUAAUGUUUUUAAUUGCCCUCUAGAAAUUGUCUAUAUUUGUGGAGAUACAGUAUGGCAUUUCAAUACACAUAUAUAAUAUGUAAUUAUCAGAUCAUGGGAAUUGGUUUAAUAUGUAUUUUUCAUAAUUUAUCAUUUCUCCGUUAGGAAUAUUCAAAAUCCUCUCUAUUAGAUUUGUGUUGUCAUUGAGACAGGGUCUCACUAUGUAUCCUUUCUGGCUUAGAGCUCUGUAUGUAGUCCAGACUGGCUUUGUACUGCCUCUACUUCCUGAGUGCUGUGAUUAAAAUCAUGUACCACCA